AUGUUUUGCGCCGUGGGCGGCAGCCAUGGCUGGCUGGCUGCGGCGGCGGGCGGGCCGGUGAUGGCUCCAGGUGCUUCCCUGUGUGUGGCUGCUGCUGUGGCUGAGCUUGCAGCUAAGGACGAGUUUCAUGCAGAAAUGACGCUGUCGCGAGGGUCUCGAGCCGUCUCUGGUGGGCGGCUGCAGCCCGUCACAGCGAAGCACAGCGCUGUGCUAUCGAGCGCCUCUCUUCAAUUCCACGAAGCAUCGAGUGGUCUCACCUUAACCCAUCGGACCACCACCAUUUCUCGCGACACGCGUCGGCCUGCCCUCGUCAUCUCACCAUCUACCUCUGUUCAACCCACGAAUCUCAGCAGCUACCCGACGCUUCCGUGGGACGUCCCUGUGUUUCUUCAUGGCUUGCGCCAACGAGCCACGAUGAAUUCACUCAAUAUCCUCUCGGCGCGAGUGUCCCCAACAUCCAGUCCUGCGCCAUCCCGGACCAAUUCUCUCGGGCACGUCGGACUGGCAAGUGUCGCGCCUUCCGACGAGCCUGUAGGUGCUUCCGACGAUGCCAUUUCCAAUGAGAAGACACCCCUCGUUGCGGAACCUCACAACCUAGAUUACGACGAGAAGCACGAACACACCUCGUCCUCCCGGAACCACUGUGAAUCAACACCGCUGCUCCAAAGGGGCGAGUCGAGAGAGGACCACACCCGAUCGCGUUCCUGGCGAAGCCUGCCGGCCCGGAUAACCCUCGCUCUCGUCGACUCGUUGCGAUUUGUGAUUUCCACAAUUACCGCGCCUGGAAUCUAUCUGGUGGCGUGGUUCUACGACGAACAGGGGAACUUUGCGCCUUUGCGCCAGCUCGGUAAACUCUUCGGCCAGCAUAGGGGGGAUGCGCACAAACUGGCUGCCGAGUAUCACGAGGCUGUCGCCCUCGGGGAUAAGGAGUCAGUGCCUCAACGGAGUGGGAGCCGCAAUCAGCGAAGUGUCCACAGUUCAGCCAAGCCCUAUGCACACAUAUCGUCUGGUUCGUCAUCAUCUGGUCUUUCCUCGGACUCCGAAUCAGAACUAGCCAGCAGAGUCUCGGAUGGACGGCGCGGCUCUGGAUCCAAUACACGACACAACCGGACAAAGUCUCUGCAGGACACCGAAGAGAUUGCACCCCAGCGACGGUCUAUCCGGAUAAAGCUCCAUAGUGACGAUGGGCUUCGGCAAAGAAAGCAUAAGCGGACGCAAUCCAACAGUACGAAUGGCGGCGGCGAGGGCGCUACGGCCACGGAAAAGACCCUGGCCCAUCUAAAAUCGCCCACUUCGCCUGCCGGAGCGCUGACCAAGUAUCCGAGGACACCAGCUCCGCCACGGCCUUUGAUACCGCGACGACAACCUUCCUACGUGCCUCCGACUGAGAUGCCCGACGUCAGGCAGAUGAAGACCUUGAUUCUCGAUUUGGAUGAAACCUUGAUACACAGCAUGUCGCGCGGCGGCAGGACAGGAUCUGGUCACAUGAUUGAGGUGCGGCUGAAUACGACCUAUGUCGCCAACGGGGGCCAGCAGAGCCUGGGUCCGCAGCACCCGAUCUUGUACUAUGUCCACAAACGGCCGCACUGUGACGAAUUUCUGCGCAAGAUCUGCAAAUGGUUCAACCUCGUUGUGUUCACGGCAUCCGUCCAGGAAUACGCCGACCCCGUGAUAGACUGGCUCGAGUCUGAGAGAAAGUUCUUCUCUGCUCGGUACUACAGGCAGCACUGUACCUUCAGACAUGGGGCCUUUAUCAAGGACCUGAGCUUCGUCGAGCCCGAUCUGAGCAAAGUCAUGAUCCUGGACAAUAGCCCGCUCAGCUACAUGUUCCAUCAAGACAACGCGAUUCCGAUUCAAGGUUGGAUCAGCGACCCCACAGACAAUGAUUUGCUGCAUCUCGUUCCAUUCCUGGAGGGCUUGCAAUAUGUUUCGGACGUAAGGGCGUUACUCGCUUUGCGCGGUGGUGAAGAUGGACAGAUGUCGUGAUUUUUGUCGCUGCUCGCCCAAGAAAGCUCUGCCGGCAGGGGUCAUGUUGGCGCGACUUUGCCGUCUCGCGGUAUUUGGGAUUCUGGUGUUGUAGGAUUAUUGCCAUGCUGAGCGAGUUGAGUGGGCACGGUGUACGAGAAUCAAAUUCAUGGCGGCAUUAGGCGUCGUUUCCGGAUCCUUGCCUUUGGAAAAAGAACCGCGAUCUUUAUAUUUGACUGCGAGAAGCAUAUCCUUAAUUACAGCGUAUACUUUCCUUCACACUCUAUUGCGCGUU